AUGGCGAGGAUUACGAGUCUAAACGCCCAUGAGGCCCCUCCAGAUGCCGUGAGGCUGCGCUACAAACAGUACUCCAAAGCAACGCCUUCUGAAGUCGAAGCCGAUACGAGCAUUGUUGACUUGCAAUCCCUGAGUCCAGAUAACCUUUCCUCAGGCAUGGUGCUUGUGAGGAGUAUAUCCGUUGAGGACCUUCAGCCGGCUUUCGGCGAGUUCAUCAGGACAUCAGCGGCUCAUGAUCCGCCCCAACAAAGCAUUCCAGUCUAUACUCACCAAUCUGUGACUGGUCUUCUCAUGGUUCCGUCGUUAUUCCCACCAGCAGUACAGAAGGAGCUGCUUACCCGUCUGUUUCAUCGGGACCUCUCAAACAGUGCACACAAGACGAAUCUUCAUCUUCACUACGACAUGAAGUACCCUGUGCAGGCAAACGGAGUCACUGAGUACCGUGAUGUGACCGCCUCUCUGGACGAAUCUUCGAACCAGCGGGUGAUGUCUCUCUUCGAGGACAGUCAAACGCGGACAUUUCCCCCAAAGGAUCCGGAGGUGCAUAAACCGCUUACCAUGCAGGCCGUGUUGAACAAGAAGCUCCGAUGGGUUACCCUGGGCGGGCAGUACGACUGGACUGCAAAGGUGUAUCCGGCUGAGCGCCCGCCUGCUUUCCCCGAGGACAUUGCGAAGCUCCUCCGCGCAGCCUUUCCAGAAACAGAGCCCGAAGCCGCCAUCUUGAAUCUGUACUCUCCAGGCAAUACCCUGAGCCCUCAUCGCGACGUCAGCGAGGAAUGCGACGCCGGUCUGAUUAGUGUCAGUUUUGGCUGCGACGGCCUGUUUCUGAUCAGCCAUGAUGACGGCCAGGGAUGUGAGAUUAUCCGCCUGCGCUCAGGAGACGCGGUGUACAUGGAUGGGACUUCGCGAUUCGCUUGGCAUGCGGUGCCGAAAAUCGUCCCUGGGACUUGUCCUUCAUGGCUUGCAGACUGGCCUUGCAUCCCAGGUGGUGAGCACGAGUCGCGCUACGAAUCUUGGAAGGGCUGGAUGGCGGCUGGUGUUUUCGGCGAGAUCCGCAUCAUUGAAGCCAAUCUCGAAGCCUUCAAUGAGAAAGUUGGACAGAGCAAAUUACCUGGGGCAAAGCAACGUCUAUCUAAACAGCGUGACACUGGUGCUCACAGCGUCCGACACUUCAGCGAAAGAAACAGUUGCUUUGAAGGGAAAAAGUGCAGCGGCACAACAGAAGAGAUUGAGCCUAGGCUCUCCCGUGCCAGUAACGCACCCGGUGUUGCCGACGCAAUUCAGAAGCUACCUCUGAUACGAGAUGACGAAGGCUGCUCCUAUGUCGAACACGCGAAGGCCGUUCCCUAG